UCACUUUUAAUUGUUUAAUUGAUUCGUAGUCAUUGAUCAAAGUCUCGUACUUAAUUUUAUCUUCGUUUUUAUCUACUUUUUUUGAUUUGUUCCAUUUUAAUCAUCAUGUCUGGACGUGGUAAAGGUGGUAAAGUUAAGGCUAAAGCAAAGUCUCGUUCUAACCGAGCUGGUCUUCAAUUUCCCGUUGGUCGAAUUCAUCGUCUUGUCCGUAAGGGUAAUUAUGCUGAACGAGUUGGUGCCGGUGCUCCAGUUUACAUGGCCGCUGUUCUUGAAUAUUUAGCCGCUGAAGUGUUAGAAUUGGCAGGUAAUGCUGCUCGUGAUAAUAAAAAAUCUCGUAUCAUUCCAAGACAUCUUCAAUUGGCCAUUCGAAAUGACGAAGAAUUAAACAAAUUACUCUCUGGUGUUACCAUUGCCCAAGGAGGUGUUUUACCAAAUAUCCAAACUGUCCUCUUACCAAAGAAAGGUACUGGUGCCGUUCCAACCAAAGGAAAAGCCUCACAAGAAUAUUAAUCCAUGACAACAGUAACCUAACCAAAAACCUACACAUUAACUCACUCACUUCAAUUGGAAGACUGUAUUAUAACAAGUAUUAUCGAUAUAAUAGUAAAUUAUAAUUAUUAAUUUGAUAAAAAUAAGACGAUUGAAUAAAUCAUAAGUUAACCAAAAAAAA